AUUCCUUCCAAAACAAGCUCAGUGUGCAGAGAGGAAUGAGAGAGAAAGCAACUGUUGCAGGCUGCACUCUGGAUCCGCCCACUUCCUUGCCCCUCCCAUGUGGGUGUGUCCUGUGCACUCUGUACUUGGAGGUUAGGCAGGCACUAUCAGUCUGCACUUAACAGGGACAGAGGAAGCAUCUGUGUGGAGCAGAGGAAGAGCUCAGAGCUUCCCAAGUGAUGGGGAGAUCUAGGCUGGGGGUCCCUGGAUUAUUUCUUAUCAACCCUGGCUGGGAGGUGUCUAUCUCCCCUUGCAUUGCCCUGCACCAACCCUCCUGGAUUACUGCCUGCUGCUGAGAUUUGGAUUUUAUUUGCACAUUUAGCCCAGAGAUUAACCAAGUUUCUUUGCCAACAUGUUAAGGAGGGUUCUGCUGAGCUUCUUCAUGAUGAUUCUUAUGGACAGAGGGACCUCACAGCAGUACUCCAGUGACAUGUGCAAUUGGAAAGGAAGCGGCCUGACCCACGAGGGCCACUCGAAAGACGUCGAGCAAGUCUACCUCCGCUGCUCCGAAGGUUCUGUUGAAUGGCUCUACCCAACGGGUGCCAUGGUUAUUAACCUGAGGCCUAACACCUUAACGUCUGCCUACAAACACUUAACAGUUUGCAUCAAACCUUUUAAAGACUCCAAGGGAGCUAAUAUUUAUUCCGAAAAAACUGGAGAACUCAAACUUGUGGUGCCUGAUGGAGAGAACAAUCCACACAAAGUCUACUGCUUUGGCCUAGAUCGAGGGGGUUUGUAUAUCGAGGCCACCCCCCCACAAGAUAUUAGCCGCAAAAUCACUGGUUUCCAGUAUGAACUGAUCAGCCAGAGGACUCUCUCAGAUUUGCACACAGUUUCUGAUCCCUGCCGUCCAUGCAGUGAUACAGAAGUCCUGCUAGCUGUCUGUAUUAGUGAUUUUGUGGUGAAAGGGACAAUCAGCACCGUGACCAAUGAUGAGGAGUUGCAGGAAUCUCUUAUCGGUGUCACAGUGGAUAAACUGUACAGGCAGAAGAGUAAAAUCUUCCUUCCCAAAGGAAAUGGGGGAUGGGAGGGAACCAUACGGACACCUCUGGAAUGUGGGGUUAAAGCCGGAACAGGCAGCUUCUUGUUCACGGGACGCAUGCACUUUGGGGAGCCCAGAUUGGGCUGCACGCCCCGGUAUACAGACUUUAAAAGGAUAUACCUAGAAGCACAAAAGCAAGGUUUAAACCCAUGUGAAAUCAGCACAGACUGAUGACCGUCAUCAAUAUUCAAACAUAUUUUCGUUGACCUACGGACGUUGGGCAGAACUCUGAUUCCCAACAACAAUCCUCUGAAGUAUCUGCCAAGGCUUUGUGGGGUCUGCAUUUAGAGCCUUUCUUAUUUAUGGGGGGACCUGGUAUAAGUCAGACUUUGUAGGACUGCCCAAGACCCUAUGGACCAUAAUCUGGUGUUGGACUUGCACUCAAGUACUGAAGGUUAGGCAGCAUUGUUAGUGUCACCAUCUUGCACUAUGUUUGCCUUCUUGCCCUGCUAUCCCUUGCAGUCUUUCCAACCAACAACUGGAGGGUUUGGGGCUCACAGCAGUCCGUACCUUUGUCCCCCCCCCCAACACAGCACGUUGUAACACUAAUGGAGGUACGACUCAAGCCUGCCAUAGAACCAGAAAGACUGAAUUCUUCUCUUGGGAUUAUUAAGUUAUUAAAAGGCUUUUCCAGAGAUGGAAACCCAGUGCCUUGUGACUGAUAAAUACUAACGCUCAGUGAUAAAAGAAGAUUUUUAUGAACGAUAAAAAAGGUGCCAGUUCUUUAAAACAAAGGAUGGCAGAUUGUUCAGAAUACAGUUGCUUUGUAAAAAGCUUGAUGUACAGUUUCUCAAAUUGUUUCUUAUGAAAGAAAUGAAAAGACUCUAAAACUUUUUUAUUGUUUGUUUGUUUUGUUUCCCCUCCUCCCCCCAAAAUGUACAUUGGUAGUCUGGCAUUUUAUGCAGACUUUUAAAUCAUUUCUGUUCCAGAGAAAUAAAACAUUUGCUGGAAUAGA